AUGGGACAGAGGAAAAAUUACCAGCAUGCCAGCCAACACCCUAAGCGCAAAUUCCCUGCUCUGUCCGUAGCGCCGGAGUGCACGCCCUUGGUGGAGGCCGCCACCGCCGCCAACCUCACCACCCUGCUGGCCGCCCUGGAGGCCGCCGGCCUUGUGGACGCCGUCGUGUCCCCGGCCGCCCCCCUCACCGUCUUCGCGCCCACCAACGACGCCUUCGACGCGGCCCUUAAGGCCCUGGGCAUCACCCUCAAAGACCUCGUGGCGGACAGCGACCUGCUCAAGGAGAUACUGCUGUACCACGUCCUUGGCACCACCGUCCGCUCGGGCGACAUAGUGGACGGCGCCACCGCGGAGACGCUGCUGGGCAAGGACAGCUCCUGCGGUGUAUCGGCGCUGACGUUUGACACCAAGGAUGGGGUGGUUGUCAAGGGUGGGCAGACGUCGGCCAAGGUCGUGGUCCCCGAUGUGGAGACCUGCUCCGCUGUGGUGCACGUCAUCGACUUUGUGCUGGUUCCGUGCCCGGCGCCGGCGCAGCCGCCGAUGCACCCGUCGCCCAUGCCGCGCAAAGCCGAGCCCAAGAAGAAGCACAAGCUUGUCCACAUCGUCUGGCCCUUCGACGGAUGA